UACGUUCGCGUUCGGUACAUCGGUGCCCCAAUACAUCCGAUUGCCACCGCGGUCGGACUCCCACAUCAUCAGUCGUGCUUCUGGCUGGUGUUGUUUUUUUCCGUGCGUGAAAUGUUAUUUUGUUUUUUUUUUGACAAAAAAACAGAUAAAAAAAAAAAAUGAGCCGUACCAAUAAGUUUAAAAUUAUCUCUUCUUGAAUUCGGUCGGUCCUAUACUCCUAUCUGCACCGCUCUCUCUCUCUCUUUCUCUCUCGCUCUAUCUCACUCUCUCUGUCAUUAUCUUUCUUUUGUUUUUCAACACCAACAAUACACAGUGCACACACGGAAGCGAUCGGGCUGCCGUAUUCCACAGGAUGGACGCGGACGUAUCGAAAAGGUAAAAUAGAUGUUACCUAAACGUUGUUGUGUCGGUUGGACGAAAGUGAAUCGAAAAAACGGAACAAACACGCGCGUCGCUGUUGUGUUCGAGUUGCAGUACGCGUCUCGCCUGAGAUUUCGUAACCAACAGGACCGAGAUUAAAAUCAUAAAUCGCCGUUCCCCGUCGGACGGAUGCGUAACAACAAUAACAAAUAUCGCGGUCCAUCGUCGUUCUGGCUGACGCGACACUCGCGAUUCUGCAUUUCUGCCGUCAUGUCCAUUGUUGUUGUUUGUUGCUCCGUUCGAAUUUCUUGAGCGACGCUUUCUUAUUUUCUGUCACCCCUUACCUUCGCAACGACCAUCACUUGUUGUUGUUCAUCGAAAGUCUCCUUAAUUUGUUCCUCAUACACUCUUGUCUUGUGUCCCACAUUAACUGAUUAACUACGACAACAUAAUGUCAAGGGUGAAAUGAAUUGAUGAUGGGUUUCCUGACCGAGUUUUUAACAUCUGGUGAUAAUUUCUGAAAUUCUUUUAUUUAAUAUUGACUUUGAGACUUAAUUUUCAAUCCUAGAAGACCUGUUUGUUUUUAAUUUCCAUUUAAUCAAUUAAGUUAUCCUUAUCCAGUCUGCUCAAUUAAUUUUUAUCAAUGGCGGAUCAGUUGAGUGAAACAAGCACUGCAACCACUGAUCACGGCAAUAAUUGGCCAAACACAAAACUACCAGCAGAUAGUGAUGUUCCUGAUGAUGUUUCUAAUGGCCAAGAAACCCAUAGUUUUGCUGAUAUAUUAAGCACUGCAUUCACGGCCACUGGACCUGUGCCAAGCCCACCAGCAGAUACAGAGUCAAAUAUGCAAUUAGGAAAUGAAAUGGAUUAUGAUCCAUUAUUUGCGGAUGGGAGCGAUUUAGAGACUGAAGAUACGCCACAAGAAUUUUCUCCGUUAAACUCUGAUAUAUGGCGGUAUGGAAAUACUCUUAUAGAAACGCCUUGGUCAGUACCACGGACUGAUGAAUCAUCCAGUCGAACUGUUAACCAUCCAGUUCCGUCUACUCCCACGUCAUCUGAAAUGGGAAGAAAGAGAUCGUUGCUUUCUGGCGAUAAUAACCUGAGAAUGAAAACUGGCAAACCUGAUACAAAUCGUCCAUUGACUUAUCCCCGACAUCAAAUGUCUAACCGAAUGUAUAGACCACGCUAUGGUCAAGAUCAAAUGUCUUCAUCUGCAUAUACAUCCAUGAGUAAUCAUGGAGGAAAUUAUAAAUACACCCAGCGACCAAAUUCUCAGGUUCACACUACUACAGCUUCAAGUGAUCAUUCUAUAGCAAGUUCUUCAAAUCAAAACAGAAUGAUUAACCCUCAAACUUCAUCAACUGAAGAAUAUACAGUCUACGGUAUGAACAAUAUUGGAGCCCCGCAACCAGGCCGAUUUAAUAAUGAUCCCCGUAGAGCAGAAUGGACAAAUGUAAUGGAUGCUGAUGAUGAUGAAGACAGUGGGAUAGAAUUAGUCACAGUCAAUAAUUUUCAAAACCGAAAUAUAAAUCAACUACCAACUGGUCCACCUGUAGUAGAUUUAACUCAAGAGUCUGAAGAAGUCAAUGAUCCUUUAAUGAAUCAUUCAGGAAGAACACCACAAGCUGACAUAUCUAUGGGCCAUACAAUGUUUAGUCGUUACCCAAUUAUUCAACCACAACGGCAGUAUGUUGGUCAUUCUGCUAUGCGUUCUAUGCCUGGAUACACUCAACAAUUUCCUCCUAAUCCGUCCCCUCUGUAUCGAAAUGAUGUGAUUUUCAUGGAUCAACCUCCUCAAGCUCCUUGUGUACAUACAGCUCACCCACCUCCUGGUACUCCAGGUUGGCCGCCCCCGUGUAGUCAGUGUCAUAAUACAUCUAGGGUUGUAUUUGGAAUGGGUGGAAUGGGUAAUCACAUACAUCCAGCACACCACCAUCAUCAUGGCAUGAUGGCUACACAUCCUAUGACUCCAUGUGUACCUUCAAAUGUACCUUUAUAUCAUCAAAGAUUAUGGUAUAACCAACAUAGAAUACAAGAAAUGCAAAGAAGAAGAAUGGAUAUGAUGAAUGGCGGUUCCGUACGAUCAUUGAGAAGUAUACCACCAGUUUCAUGCAUGCAGGGAUAUCAACAACCACCCCAACCAACACCGGUCCAUCCAUCUAUUCAAGCAAUCCAUACGGUGUUGCCUCCACCUCAGCAACCAAAUGUGUUCAGCCGGCCAGAAGUAAUUACUUCACGUAGAAUUGGUCCUACUGCUGUCAUUACUUUAUCUCCUCCUACUGAUGGAAUAGAACAAGUACCUACAUCUUCAUUACAAACAGAAAUUGUGGUUCAAAGUGGGUCUACGAGUGAUGGUGGUCAUCCUCAUAUUCAUCAUUAUUAUAAUUAUCAUCCUCCUGGACCACCUGGUCGAAUGCAUCAUGUACGCAUUAGUAUUGGAGCGCCAUCGGGAACUAUUGUUAAUACAACUCCGGGCUCAACAAUUCCAUCACAGCCAGGUGCUGAAAUACCUCAGAUUCCUCAAUUAGGAUCAUUACCUAUGUUAACACGUCAUUUAUCAUAUCGGCUAGAAGAUUACUUACGAUUAAUGGAACAACGUCGCAUUCACAUGAUGAAUCGUGGGGCUUCGAAAGACACAAUAGAAAAGAAUACUUUUCCUCAUAAAUACAAACGUAUUAAGAGAUCAUCGGAUGAAAUGGAAGAUAACACAGAAAAGUGUACCAUUUGUCUUUCAGAUUUUGAGGAUACCGAGGAUGUUAGGCGUUUACCAUGCAUGCACUUAUUUCAUGUUGAUUGUAUUGACCAAUGGUUAUCGUCUAACAAACGUUGUCCUAUAUGUCGUGUGGACAUUGAGACCAAAGAAACUAAGGAUGCUGCUUCUGGUUCACCUUUGCCAUCUGAAACUCCAUUCAUUGUUCCAACAUGACACGGAGAACUGGUGGUUUUACCGCCAGCUAAUUCGUGUUCAACCUCUUCCCGUUGAAUUAUGUGUAAGAGUGAGAGGGAGGAGAUGCAUCAUGUUUUGCUGUAAUAGUAUUCCACUGCUAAAUAUUUAACUUUAUUGUAACCAUUUAUAAAAUUUGUUACCCUCACUAUACACUAUAGGGUCUUGCGUGUGAUAAAAUUUGAAAGAAAAAAAAUCAGUCACACUAGUGUGCGCGAGCUUUUCCAUUCAUAUGUGAUAACUUUUUUUUUAGCAAUUUUGCAUGUUUUCGUUGUAGUAGAACUUUUAACUUUUGUGUUUUAUCCGUUGUGCAAUUAGUUGUCCUUACCCUGCCUUUAAUAGAGUAAUGGGUAUUUUUUUUUUUAAUAUUGAAUAUUUUAAAAAAAUGUGUCUUAUACAUUUGUAUUAUAGAUUACCCACAAAAUAAUACUUUUAUUUUUUAAACAUUUAUAUACAACAAAUACCUAACAUUUUUUGUUGAUUUUAAUAUGAGAAAAUUUAUAGUUAUUAGAUUUCUUUUUUUGAUUUGAUAUUAUUUUUUUAAAUUUAAUCUCUUAAUGUUAUCUAAGAGUGCUUUUCUUUCCAACUUUGACAAUAUUAAUUACCAUUUAUUUUUUAUAACAUCUGAAUCAAGAAAUCAUUUUACUUUUGUGACUUGUUGUUGACAGUGUUAAACUUUAAACUAUAUUUAACUUAAUCGCUCAUUAUUAUUACUGAAUCAUGUAGUCUUAGGUAUCAUUAUAUUAUAUAUAUAUAAAUAUAUAUAUAUUUAUAUUUAUUAAAUCAAUAAUAAACAUUUAAAUUUUAGUUUUUGACCAUGGGUCCCUUUAUUUUCUGAAGCAACUGCACGUAUCGAGUACGGAAAUAAUGUGCAAAAACAUAUCCGAGUUUUUUGUUUAAUUCAUUGUUUUUACUUGAUAAACCUAUUGUUAUCAGAAUAAAUAUGUUGUGGUCGUGAGUAGCUAUUAUGUUGUUCGUAGGGAUAUAUAUUAAUAAUUAUUAUAAUAUAAUAUAUUUUAGUUUUAGUUAUUAUUUUUACUAUUAUUUAAUUAUUAUUUUGUAUUUUUAAUUAUUUGUGUCACAACUUAUCGAAUUUACCUAUACCCUAAGUACCUGCAAUACAAAUUAUUUAAAAAUAAAUAAAUAUUGAAUAUCAAGUUUAACUAUUUAGUAUCGGUCGCUUUAUAUAAAAUAAUCUUUGGAUAUAUAUAAUAUAGUAUAUACAUAUAUAUUUUGUCAUUUUAACGGAUCAUCGUGAAUAAUCUCUUAUUCCAUAGGUUUUUAUCAGAAAAUAUUUGUAACAUGCAUAAUAUACUAAUAUGCAUAGUGAAUUUUUUUCAAUUAAAUUACCAAUAAAAUUAUCGAAAUAUUCUACUACCAUACGUGCUCUUUAAUUAUAUUUUAAUUUAUAACGCUAUGUUUAGAGAAUAACUGUUGCGUAACAAAUUACAGUUAACUUUUUAGACAUUUCGCAUUAAGAAAAAAUUACUAUUUUCUAUUCAGAGUAAAAUAAUUGUCGUUGACUAUACUACUGCUGUUUCUUAUCUUUUUUUAAUUGAUCUCUUUAGUUUUUAAGCACAUUUGGAUUAUAUAUUUUUAAAAAAUAUAAAAAAAAACUUGCAGCGCAAAAUCACACAAUAAUUGUCAACAAACCUUCUCCACUCCCCAGAAUUUACUAAUAUUGUUUUUUUUUUUUUUUUGCCAAGUGUAUUGUGAUAAUAAUUGAAAACUUUUUAACGAAAUUUGUAUGUUUUAUUUCUUAUUAUUAUGUAACAUUAUUAUUACUUUACUAUGAUAAUUAUUACCUCUUCCAGUUUCCAUGUAAAUGAUGUUGCUUUAUUAUUAUUAUACAUAUUAUUUUUUUUUUAAUAGAUAUUUGUAUGCAUUUAUUUUGUAUAACUAUAUUGUUAUAUAUUUAUUUAAGAAAAAAUGGAAAAUCAAUUAGAUUUAAAGUUGCCUACUCGUGUGUGACAGUUUUUUUUUAAUGAUCAAAACCAAAUUGGGACAUACGCACAUUUAUACAGCAUGUUGAUACAUAAUUAUACAUCGCGUGUAAUGAAUAUGUGAAAGGCAAAAAAAAUUAUUAUUAAAAAAUAAUUUUUGUUUAUUAAAAAAAAAACAACACUUAUAACAGCCAUACACCAUUGCAAUUAUUACAUAAAUAUAUAUAGAGAUGUUAACUGGAUACAUUUUUUGUUGCUAUGUGACCACCUUGUGUAGGUACGACAAUUAUUAUAAUAUAUCUUUGAAUGACUAAAUUAAUAAUAAUUAAAACUAUUUUUA